AGUCACCCGGUGAUCAAGAAACGUAUCGGUGUUCUUGUGCAAACGCAGAAAGACCAGAAGCAGUACGUCGUGUUCAACGUCAGAUACGAAAAGCCCUCUGUAAGAACGCUCGUCCUGGUCGCGGAGACCGAAUUAAACGACGGUGAGCGCUCGAAACGGCCAUCGUACGUUAUUCCGCCAUUUGCCAAGCAAAGUGUUGGCCAGUCUAAGUUAGUGCUAGCAAGAAAUACGGACCACGGAGUGCAGCAAUUGAGUGAAACUCCGUUUCAUGCAUGAAACGUGACAGCGACGUGUUUGUAGACGCUUGUUUGGCACUCGGGUACUUUCGAGUGUUUAUAACGUUCUUCAACUACGGGACCGCUACGCCUUUCGCUUUCCGUUGAGGUCGAGGAACCCGAGUGGGGAAGUCCGAGGCCCUACUGGUGACGAUAGGUACUCCGUGGCCGACUUCUGCGGUACGCUGAUUGGAUGGAAGAAAGCUGCAGAGAGAGUCCAGCCGAAUCAGGCCAGGCAUUGCCUCUCACAAGAGACUCCAGCAGUCAGACCAUCAGCGUAGUGCAAGGUCUUGGCCCCAGGUUCUCCAAGAUCAACCUGUUUAGCUUGUUGAGUUUGUGGCUGGAGCUGUUCCCUCAAGAGCAACCAGAGGACGACGACAAUCCGAUCCGCAGCGUGGGUCUCGUGGUGGUGCGGGAGAGUAAGGUGGUGGGGCUCCACUACAGUGGUCAUGAGCUCCACGCGGGCCAGGCAGCCAUAAUCCAACACGCUGCCCGCUUGGCCGACUGUCAGCUGUACUUCUCUCGGCGACCAUGUGCCACCUGCUUGAAGAUGAUCAUCAAUGCUGGAGUGAGUCAGAUCUCCUAUUGGCCUGGAGACCCCGAGGUCAGCAUGCUGAGAUCCGACCCCCGCGCUCCUGCGGGCCACAUCUCCGAGGAGGCCACGCUAGACACUGUGGCUACAGAGAAGCUCAAGUCCAACAGCCGCUCGCACAUCUGCUUGCUGCUGCAACCCCUGGCAACUGGCAUGGUGCAGUUUGUUGGCGAGACGUCCAGGGAGUGUGAUUUCAUGGCGACGCUGACCGAUGAUGACCCCGGCCUGAAUGCAGAGGAACUCUUCCACAGUGCACAAGAGAAACACUUUGAAGAGUUCUCCAAAUGCUUCCUGAUUGAGGACUCCCAUCAGCACCAAGAGAUUUUGAACCAAAUGCAUCUGGAGAACUUCAGCGUGGAGCCCUACUUUUCCAACCUCCGACACAACAUGAGGCAGGUGGUGAAAGUUCUGGCUGCCGUGGUGGCUGGGGUGCCACAAGAACACUGCGGAUUUCACCGGGAACCUGCGGCCCCUGAGACGUUACUCGGCAGCUCGUCGCCGCCCCCUCAUCAUGAGGGAGUGUCCCAAGAAGUCGCCCGUCAUUGCAUCAUCCAAGCCAGGCUACUUGCUUACAGAACAGAGGACCCUAAAGUCGGUGUCGGCGCCGUUAUCUGGGCCAGCAGACGGUUGGCUGGCCUGAAUGAACUCGGUCGUCUGUCCCUGGUGGGUUGCGGCUACAAUGCUUAUCCAGCGGGCUCGCAGUACGCAGAGUACCCACUUAUGGAUGACAAACAGGAGGACCGAAAGCGGCGCAAGUACCGCUACAUUAUCCACGCUGAGCAGAAUGCCCUCACCUUCAGGACUUGUGAUAUCAACCCGGAGGAACCCGCCAUGCUGUUUGUGACCAAGUGUCCGUGUGACGAGUGCAUCCCUCUGAUUAGAAGUGCAGGCAUCACGCACAUUUACACCAGCGACCACGACCGUGACAAGAAUAAAGGAGACAUAUCUUACCUCCGAUUCAGCAACUUGAAGGGAAUCCAAAAGUUCAUCUGGCAACGGGACCCCGUUGCAUCUCCUUUGACCAUCACCAAUGGUCACAGUAGCAAGCGCAACAGGGAAGAGACGCAGGAGAAGCACAGCAUCAAGAAGCUCCGCGACAGCAGAUCUAAUAACUUGCCCCCCGGCAGCUGAGUGUCAGCCCCCCAAGCAGCGGCACCGCAUGUGUGCAUUGGAACUGAACCGGCAGCGUAAAUCUUCCAAAGAUUUGUGUGGACGCCACUUGGAUCAGCAUCGAGACACGAAAACUGAGCUGACCACACUGAGCUCAUAGCUCAGCAGCAGUUAAUAGUAUAUUGAAGAUACUGUAUAACCCUAAUGUGGGUUGUGAUUGUCAUUAUGCAAGUAUUGAAUUGUUUUAUAUGCAUGUGUGAUUCCUAGUUAAUGUCCAGGGUGCGUAUUUUAAUGUUGGUUGUGAUUUUUGUCAAUUCUGUUUGUAAUAAAUAGGAUAUGCACAAAUGCGCGUAGCGCCAAUGGAUGCAGCUUGAUUGCACCGCUUUUUGAAUUCAGUCAAGAAUUCCCAACUUCCACUUGGCUGAUAAGAAUGCUUUAAUCGCGAGGCUUUAGUCACCCUGUUGUGACUUGAAGGCUGCCUGCCUGCCAACCUUGUGACAAAUGAAAGUACAACAAUUGAUUUUCCGUCCUUUUAUUCAUUCUCGGUAGAGUACACAAUGAAGCUGCAUCUCGUACGAGAUGAAAAGCUAGCAACAAGAUCCAGAAUGCGGACAAAACUUGGUCAGACAUCCACAGGGAAAUGAACGACUCAUUAAAGCUUAAGUUUUGUGUGCGUGA